AUGUACAGGCUCAUUAUAUUUGCCUUUGUGAUCGCAGCCGCGACGUGCCAACAACAAGAAGGAGGCAGACGUGUGCCCAAGUACGCGGGCGACCCGAAGACAGCAGCUAUCGUGCAGGAAGCGCGGUAUCUCAGUGGAAACGGUGCUUUCGGUGCCGCCUACCAGCAGGAGGAUGGAAUCAACUUCAAAGAGGAAACUGACGCCGACGGCAACCGAAGAGGAAGUUACUCGUACAUUGACCCUAGUGGACAGAGGAAAACUGUGAACUAUAUCGCGGGAAAGAAUGGAUUCCAAGCCGUUGGUGACCACAUCCCUACCGCUCCCCAAGCUGCUGCGCCCACUCCCGGAUACACACCCGACCCCCGAUACAACUCACCGGAUUACAAAUCUCAACAAUACAGUGCUCCCCAACAGUACGUAGCCCCCGAGCCCGCGCGCAACUAUGGUGGCAAACCAAACGACGAUGACGGUCAGUACCACCCAGAGUUAUACGAGCAGAAUUACGAGGCUCCCCAGCAGCAACAGUACCAGCCACAACAGCAGUACCAGACCCAGGCACACUUCCAGCCAGCGCCUCAGCCUCAGUACCAGCCACAGCCCCAGUACCAGCCCGAGCCACAGUACCAGUCUAACAACAUCUACCCUGGUACACAGCAAGCACAGUACAGUGGCUUGCCCUCGUCCCAACAAUACUCGCAGCCCGCCCAGUACUCGCAACCUCGUCAACAACAACAGUACUACGAGCCCACGACGCAGCAACCGACCCGCUUCUUCCCUCCCGGAAAAUUCAGCCUGAACAGAGCACCCGAUGGCUACACCUACUCAUUCCACAAAGUAUAA